UUUUUGUUUCUUUGUUUUCCUUUGGUUAAAAUUCUGGAUUUUCGGAUUUUAAAAAAACAACACAAAUUCACAAAAACGAAUGACGAAAAUUCCAACCUGUUGUGGCUAUGGUUUUAUUCCACGAAAAAAAGGGUCAAAUGUUCCGGCUGACCGGAAUUAUGAGCGCCUUCCAAAACACUGCACAAUCCGUCGAGUCCACCAGAAAUUACCCUCGAACGAUUUGUGUAGGCAGCAAGUGGACAAGUGAUCCAAUUUUUUUUCUGCCUAUAAGUGAACAAAAUGCUUUUAGUGGUUCAAAUGUUUUAAAAAUUUUAGCACCUGUAUCUCAAUCUAUUCGAUGAACUCUUCAAGAUUUUUUUCGUUUGGUUAAUAAAAAGACACUGAAAAUUUUAAUAACUGUUUGACAGUUAGUUUCACGACAAUCAGUUUUCACAGAAGUUCGGUAAUUGGAAGAUAAUUUUACCAUACGGACGGUAUGAUUUUUACCGUACUCGGCGACUAUUCAGAUUUACCGUAUGAAUUGUAUAUCUAUUUACAGAAUUCUGUAAUGAAAACUUGCGAAAAACUGAUCGUCCGGUAAAAAUUUGCAUAAUUGUUGUAAAAUGAAGUUCAUGUACCGAAAUAUCGGUAAUUUCUAUUGAUUACCGAAAGUUUUCGUCAAAAAAAUUACCGAACAACGGAAUCGAAUCUUAGUGUGUAGCACAAGAUCUGUGUAAAAAAUCUCAUCAAUAACACAGUCAUUUAUUUUCCAAUAUUCACCCGAAACGGAUGGAUAUCUGUGAAUUCUUCAUGUUUUUCAUUAUUUUAAAAUAUAUUUGAUCGCAAUAAUUCAUUGAUUGGGACGGGUAUAGCGUGAUGGGUAAGUCGAUGCCUCUUGCGUAGCCCGCCUGGGUUCGAUUCCCAACCCCGCACAUAGGGUCAAAAAGUUUUUCUGGCCCGAAGAGGCGAAUGACCUUAAUGUUGAAACCUCUAUAAUCUGAACAAAAAAAAAAAAAAUAUUUUUUUGUAAUUAUUUUAAACAAUUGAGUUGAGACGAAACUAGAAAAGUCCAAAGUACCAGUCAUCUUUCGAACCAGACUGGGUUAUCUACUAGUCCUAUCAAAAAUCACUAUCAAAUGUGUCAUGUUUUGUUUUAUUGCAGCAGAUGUGUUAUGUUUCGUUUUACUGCAGCCUGAUCUUUGCCUUUUCGGCUUAUCAGCUUAUCUGCAGCAUCUUUCGCUCGUAAAGAAACGGAAUCACUAUGUUUUUUUCCUCAACAAUCCAACCAGUACGCAUUGUUCGCUCACUUCAGUCUUUGUGCGUUACUUACUCGCUUUGUUCGAUAAUGCUGGUAUUUCUCAACUCACGUUUGAUUCUGAGCGUGGAGCGUCAUUACGAACUGAAACCGGUCUACUCGGAUGAGCUGCUGCUACAGGACACUAACCAAGUGGAACUUCUGUUGGACCGGUACUAUACUAAAUGUCACAACUUUGUUCUCGCCAUUAUAGCACGAACUGCAGCAGUCUCGAAUCCAAAUCGCCUGAAGAAUCCGAUCAGCCGAAAUAACUCAUCCGAGUAUGAUGUUGAAAUUGGAGAGCGUACUCCGCUACUGUUGACCAAAGUGAUCCAUGAAUCGUCCCAGGAUAGACGCAAUCGACAAAUACAGACUAUUCAAACCACCGCACUUCUCGGGAUAUUGGCAUUGGUGCUGUUUUUGCUGAUUGGAAUCAUAAUAGCGAUUUACUUGAUGUUACUACAAGUUCCUCGACCGUGGCCGGUGUCUCAUCCUUUCUAUCUUGUGGAACGUCCAACGUGGUGGUCUGAUUCAGCCGCACUGGAAGCGUCCCCAUUGAACAAGUCCGCUGUGACGAACCUUAUCGUGAUGCACACAGGCGGUGAGCCGUGUCACGAUCAAAUCACGUGCAGUCAGGCCGCGCGAGAAGCUCAAAUCACUGCAUGGAAACACAGAGCGACACACAUUCCGUACAAUUUUCUGAUUGGUGGUGAUGGCAAAACAUACGAAGCACGGGGUUGGAAAGGGCAACAUGGCUUCUCCGAGCUCCCCGGGAUGAACGAUACCAUUGUGGUGGGACUUAUUGGAAACUACAAUAACAAACGUCCCGACGACGUGCUGUUUGCCGAAACAAAAGCACUGAUUACCGAAUCCAUACGACGGUUCAGCUUAUCGCCGGCUUAUCGAAUGUAUGGAGUAGUCUACCGUUCAAUGCCGGAGAAAAACGCCCCUGCCCUAUACGCAGAACUGAAACGAUGGAAUCAUUGGAGGGGAUUUGUUACAGUUUAGAUACCACGAGCUUAAGUUAAAAUCAUCAAAACACUAGCCUCAAUUCGAUUUCAAGUAUUAUAGAACAUCACAAUAAAUAUUGUAAACUGGUCAGGAUAGUAAUCAAUUGCAAAUGUAACAAAUGUAAGACAGAUUAGCAAAACUAUAGAUUUGUCCAACCUGUGUCCAAUAUGGCAAAUUUAGAGUAGUUCUAUUGGUAGAACAAUUUCAGGGAUUGAUGGGGGUUCACUGAUUUUAGUUAUGUCUCCAGGGUAUUCAUUUUUAUGUAUCAUCCACCGAUCUUUUUCCAACCUCCCGUUCGUUGGCAUCUGAUGAAAAGAUAAACUAUGUUGAUGACGACUUUACCAUAAAUUGAAAUAAAUCAAUUACAUUUUUCUGGUUGGUAGCGACGACAUGGGAUUGUUUCUGAUUUUCAAUACAUGUAUGUAUUGUAUCCAAACCAUUAGUUAUAGUAAGAUAUGCUGCAUACGAUUUUAGUGGUAAAAUUGUUUUUUUUCGGUAAAAAAAGGAUAUUGGUACCGUUUAGGGCAUAAUGCUCAGUAAUGGACUAAGGAGAUGUAGAUAGGUGCCAUCACCAUAACACAGUUUUGCAAUAAUUUAGAGUUUUCAAGAUUUCAAAAUUAUAAUAUUUAAAUUACACUAUACAUUAUUUUGGUAUACCCCACAAAUACAACUCGAAAGCAUUCAUCAAUUUGUAGAUCUUUUAUACCUAAAGCGCGAAUUUUUUUUUACGAAAAACAGUAUAUUUUGAGUAAAAAUAAAAAAAAACAGUACAUCGACUUUGAAAAAACAGUA